GGACUUUAAAAGAAACCAUUGACGACAAAUUUAUGUUCAACUAACAAGUCUUUUUUGGUUCAAUGUCACAUUGGAAUUGUCAAAACAGAUAUGCCCUAACCAGGUGAUGAACGUGUGUUGCAGAACAUAUGAAGCAAGCAGAAGUGUACAGUUGUUUUAAUGAAAAAAGAUGUCAACAAAUGUGGAUUCAUCGACAAAAGACGAUAACAGUCAGAGAACAGUUGACUUUAGCGAAAUUUGGAACAGCAUCAGAACGGAAGUAAACACAAUCAAACAAAGACAGAGUAACAAUCAGUCAGGCCAGAUAUAUGUACAAGGAGAUAAUGGAAAAAUUAACUCCACCCCAACCAUGGUGUUUUCUGUGAUUGGAGACUCCGACAGUUUCGUACCCAGACCAUGGCCAAAGACUGUGUUCCAGACAGCUCUCAUAGAGGCAGCAAAGAGUGGGGGAGAGACCUGGAUUUUGUUUCGAAGGAAUAAGGAAGUAGUUUCCAACGUCGUACAGGAGGCAUAUCAACAUUAUGAGGCUAUGGAAUUUAAACCUAAAAAAUGUAAACAAAAUUCUAAAGAAGAGGGAAUUGAUGAACAACAAAGACACAUCAAACUCAUCGAUAUCGCUGGAAAAAGGAUAUCUCUUCCUUCAAAUGAAACGUCAGAUAACUACCUGAAUGAAAAAUCUCAGAAUAGUACGAUUUAUGAGAUCAAUAUUGGGGAAGACGAAGAUCAACUACUGAAAUUUGAAAAACAUAUUUCAGAACAAGAAGUAUCAUUUUUCAAUCCAAAAAUGAAUAUAAAAAUGCCGGUUCCAAUUGCUAUCAUAGUAUGUGAAGGGGACCUGAAGACCAUUAUACACAUUGCAAAAGCUCUCCAGGAAAAUAUUCCCGUGAUAAUCAUGAAAGGAUCGGGGAAAGCGGCAGACUUAGUGCUUGACUACAUAGAAAAAGAUGAUGAAUUUCGUAAGAAAGCCAGUAUUUCAUUCGGAAUUCAGUUUGAUAAUGACAAAUAUGGACUACUGGUAACGUCUCUUGGAGAAAUUAUUAAACAUAAAGAUCUUAUUGGAGUGUUUGACCUUGAUCAAGAUGAUCCUGUAAAGUUGUCAAAUAUUGUAGGAGAGACAGUGGUGAGUUGUUGGUCCAUGGAGCAUGUUAUUGCAACUAAACAAAGCGCAGCAGAUAUUUCGAAAACAAAAAAAGAAACAUCACAACCAAGCAGCUUGUCUUUUCCUGAAUCUGGACAUCUCAAAGGCUUUUCUUUAACUUGGAAAUUUUUGCUAAAAAAUUCUGUUAAUCCAGACGACAGAAUUCUAAAUGAAAAUUUGAAAGGAUUAAAAAGGAAAUCUAGACCAUACGUCCUAAAUCCGAAGUUUUCGACUCCCACAUCACUUCCAUUAUAUUUUUAUUUUGUAUAUCAGCUUUUGCAAGAAUCAAAGCGUUUAGAAGAUUGUGGACCAAUUUUGCUUUUGGAAGCACUCAAAGCUAAUCGAUGUGACUACAUUAGAGUCCUGUUGGCUAAAGGCGUGAAGUUCAAUAGAGAUGAUUUACCCGAGUUAUACGGACAGACCGUCGCAUGCAAGGAUUGUGUGGAUGAUUAUCCGUGUUUGCACAUAGAGUGGAUUUUAAAGCAACUGAAAUAUGAGGCAGCAGAAACAAUGUGUCAUUCAUACAGAAAAUCGAAAUCAGAUAACGAAAAUGAGGGGUCAUGUGAAAACUCCGAGAUGCCAAAAAACGUAGCUAACGCAGCUGAAGCGUUAUGUCACCGGAUUUUAAGAUAUACAAAAUGCACAGAAUGCAACAAUUGCAAAGUGGAAGAGUCACAUAUUUCGGAUAUCUUACUUUGGGCUAUUUUUGCAAAUAGAAAGGAUAUAGCAGAAAUUUGUUGGCUCAGAAGUGAAAAUCACCUUUUGACUGGUUUGGUGUGUUCGGCUAUUCUUAAAAAGCUGUCAAAGAAGGCCAACAAUGUUAAAGAGCAGAUCUUAUCGAUUGAUUUAGAGGAACAUUCAGAGAUGUUUAAACAGCGUUGUAUUGCAUUAAUGAAUAGUAUGUACAACGAAGACACAGAACACGCCAUUGAUUUAAUGGAGGACGAGGCGCAUGUCUGGGGAAUACAUUCCAGUCCUCUCACAUUUGCAUACGAAAAUUUCAUGUAUGAUGUAGUUGCCCACACUUGCUCCCAGAAAAAUAUGAAUAAACAGUGGUACAACGGCUUACCGCCUGAUUUAAAACCGUUUCUAAAGUCAGUAUGUACAUGUGCGAAGCAAAAACAGUUCUUUACUGCACCGCUGACGAAAUACGUAUUCAAUUACAUGAUGUUCUUCACAAUGCUGGUCAUGUACAGCGCUUUCGUACUGACAAGUAUAAGGGACGAAUACUACGUAAGAGACAUUGCUAGAGUGUUGGAAUACUAUGUGUAUUUCUGGGGAGCUGGAGAUUUAAUUGAAGAACUCACAAGUUGUUUUGGCUUCAUGGAAGACAAUGGGCGUUCUCACAGAAAGUGCUACCGCCGAAUGAAGAGAUACUUUAACGACUUCUGGAAUGUGGUGGACCUGCUAUCAUAUAUUUUACUUAUCGCAGCGUUGUGUGUGCGUCAUUUCCAUCCGUCUUCUAGAUUUACAGUUUCAAGACGCAUGUUUUCGUUGUCUCUGUUGGUGAUGUAUCUGAGGUUUUUGGAAGUUUUUCUAAUCCAUAGAAAAAUGGGACCCACUCUCAUAAUGAUUAAAGAAAUGCUCAAAGACCUUCUUUGGUUCCUCUUGAUUGCUGUGUUUGUGGUAUUAGGAGUUGGAAUUUAUUACCAUGCAAACCUAUGGCCAGACCAUCAACCAAUAUGGAGCGGGCAUUGGACCAACUGGAGGAUCUGGACCAUCAUAUACUACCCUUACUGGCAGCUCUAUGGGGAACUGAAUCUUGAUUACCUUGAUGGUAGUAAACCUGAUUAUGAUAAAAACGAAUGUACCAAGAAUUCCACUGAAUGGGAAUCAGACACUUCUAUAGAACGAUGUCCACAAGAAGACUGGACGGUACAAGCCAUAGCUGCAUUCUACCUAUUGUUCUCCAAUCUCCUGUUGGUCAACCUUGUUAUCGCUAUGUUUAGCUACACAUUUGAAAGAGUACAAGCAAACUCCGAAAAAUUGUGGCGAUUUGAGAGAUACACAGUUAUCAAUGAUUACGAGUGGAGAAUUCCAUCUCCAAUUAACCUUGUAUUUCUUCCAUUCCGUGUCCGCUCUUGUUUAAAGAAAGCAAAACGCAAUUUAUGUUGUUGCAGAAUGGUGUGUUCCUGCUCUGGAAAAAACAAGAAGCCAAACAAAAAAAACUUGGAGUUUCGAAGAAACUUUCAAAAAAUAAUAGCGCUCAGAAAUCAUAACAAGAUUUAAAUUCCAUCAAAUGGACAGGAAAGGAUCUGAUGCUUAUAGUUGAAAGAAACUUUUGUUUUUAUUUGAUUUAUUUUGUUUUUGCUGUGACAAUAUAUGAUAUUGUUUUCCCUCGGACUGAAAUGUCACACUUUUAUUGGAUUAAACAUGGCACGUGAUUGCCUCAUAUAUCUCUAUGUAGGUUCUUUGGGGAUUUAUAUUAGGCAAUAUGGCCGUCAUUUGCCGCCGCCUCACCUACUCAUCUCGAUGUAUCAUAUUAUUUAACACAGAAAUCGUUUUCAGUAAGUCCUUAAAAUAUUAAGAGUAGUUGCCAUUUGGAAUUAUUUUUAAAUUAGAGUAGUUGCCCUUUGAAUAUUGACGUCACAUUGUUAUGUCUGGAGCAGAGCAAAAUGGCAGCGUCGAAAUUUGCUCAAAUCUCUGCAGAGGUUUAAAAUUGAAUAUAGCAACAAAACAUUGUAAGUAAUAUGGGUAAAGCGAAGAUUUUUUAAGUGUAUUUGAAAGGUGGUACUGAUAAUUUUUAAGAGUUUAAAUGAGUUUAACUGGACAAGAUGUAAGGCAUCUUGUACAUGGCUUUGCGUAGAACACCGCUUUUUGUGAAUGAAUAUGUCGAUUGAUAGUCCUCGGGAAAACAAAACACAUAUCAGGUUAGUUACUGAGUCAUUACGGAAAUAUAUUGGGUUGAUCAAUCUCAUAGAUGGCGAGGCGAAGCCGAGCCGUCUAUGAGAUUGAUCAACCCAAUAUAUUUCCGUAGUGAGUUAGUAAGUAACCUAAUAAGUAAUAAUGUUAAUUACAAUAACUUUAAAAAAGACAAACGGAAUAUAGUCCAUGUCGCAAACGUAACUAAAUAUUAUAUAUAUUUUAUUUCAAUUUGAUGGUGUGUGUAUGAUUACUAGUAACUUGAUAUUGUCUGGUACAUUAUACUUUUGUU